CUCUCAUCAACACUUGAAUAGUCAAAAUUUUUAAUUUUCCACGAGCGUUUUCGGAUACAGUUUGACCUUUGAUCAGAACUCGCCGUCACACGUUGUUCAGCUUCUAAUUCCUGUUCCCCUCUCCCAUUCUCUUACCCACUCAUCAAGCAGUGAAUCAUCUGUUGUCCUCCUUUCCUCGUUCACCAGAGCUGUAAUUUAACAGUUUAAAUCCCAGUUAUUGUAUGAGUCAAAAGGUAGAAAAGCCAGUACUCUCAGGGCAGCGGAUCAAGACUCGUAAAAGAGAUGAAAAAGAGAAGUAUGACCCUGCAGGUUUCCGAGAUUAUAUACUUGCAGGUCUCAACAAUGCUGGGCCUGACGUAGAAGCUAUUUUCAAAUUUUUAGAUGCGGCAGGAUCUAAAGUUGACUACCGUCGAUAUGGCGAAGCCUUAUUCGACAUCCUCAUCGCGGGAGGUCUGCUGGUUCCCGGUGGAUCAAUCGCUCAGGAAGGAGACAAAUUAUGUAAAACAAAUGUAUGCGUCUUUGAGGCACCGGCUGAUUUGCCUUCGUUGAGAGAAUUCGAACAGGUAUUUGUUAAGUUAAUGAGACGGUACAAGUACCUGGAGAAGAUGUUCGAUGAAGAAAUUAAAAAAAUAUUAGUGUUCAUCAAGGGUUUCAAUGAAGAAGAAAGAAUCAAAUUGGCUAGGAUGACAGCACUGUGGAUUUGCAAUGGAUCUGUGCCGCCAACCACUCUACAGGUCCUGAUCAACGAACAUCUCGUCAAAGAUUGUCUUGCCUUGGAUUUUCUACUCGAAGUUUUUGAAACAUGGAAGCAAGAAAAAGGACUCACAAGUUUAAUAGCAGCCCUUAAAAAAGGCGGCCUUGAAAGACGUUUAUUGGAAUUUGUCCCUCCCAACAAACGCACUGAGGAAUUUUUCCGCACUGCCUUGGAAAGUAGAGGUUUAGCAGACAUUGUCAAAUUCCACAUGGCACAGGCAAAUGAAAAGGCUAAACGCUGCCUGCAAGAACAAUUAGCCGAAGACUUGGCCGAAGAACGUCCUAUUAAAGACAUAAUUAGUGACGUCAAAGACACAGCAGCAAAAAAUAUGAUUCCUGAAAAUGAAGUUAUCACUCUGAUUUGGUCAACUGUAAUGGCUCAAGCUGAGUGGAACAAAAAAGAGGAAUUAGUUGCUGAUCAGGCUUUGAAGCAUCUCAAGCAAUUCUCACCUCUCUUCGCUGCCUUUGCGACUACAACUCGUUCUGAGCUUGCGCUAAUGCUCAAGAUUCAAGAGUUCUGUUAUGAAAACAUGAAUUUCAUGAAAAUCUUCCAGAAAAUAAUUAUCCUAUUUUAUAGAACUGAUGUGAUAUCUGAAGAAGUCAUCCUCAAAUGGUACAAGGAAGGUCAUUCAAUGAAAGGGAAACACUUAUUCCUCGAACAAAUAAAGAAAUUUGUGGAAUGGCUUCAGAGUGCUGAAGAAGAGUCUGAAUCAGGAGAAGAGGACGACUAAUUUGUUCACAAUCCAGAUAUCAGUGAUUCAUUGCUGUGCGAAUAAAUCUUUCUUACCCUGUAAUUUUACAUCCAAAAUCACUAAUUUUUUUUAUCAUAAAACAUUAUUUUAGUCUAGCAGAUACAUUUUAUUUAUUAUUUUUUUAUUUUUUUAAAACUGAAUGUAAACUUCGUCAUGUUCAAGCAGGUGAGUCAAACCGUGUUUGUUAGCGAUCCUCUCCCUCUUUAUGCUGCAUAUUUCGCAUAAUAUCAUCGUAUAUUUUAUCACUAAUGUAAAAAUUUGAAUAGAAGGAGAAGAAGAGUGACUUAAAACUAUAUUUUUGUUUGCUUUAUUCUUGUUUUCUUCAUCUCCUUUUGUUUUCCCCCCUCCCUUUCUUUGUAUGUUAUACAAUUAUCGUAUUCUGUAAGUCAGUUUUACUUCAACGAACCCUAAAUGAAUAGGUGAAACUUCCGAUUUGGGUGCAGGUGUUAUUUUAAUUGAGUUCUUUGUUAGGUGUAAUUUUUAUUAUUCCUAUACCUUUCUAUUUAUUUAUUUAUUUAUUAUUUUUUUCUGUAAUUUUUUUAUCUGAUCAUUUUUUGGGCAACCAAUCAAUAGCUAUAGUCUUUUGUCACAAUUUUUUUUCUUUUUCUUUUCUGGCUUUCAAACGUAUUUGUUUGCGUUCAAUCAUCGAAUCAAUUUUUGAUGAAGUUUAUAUUUAAGACCAUGAUCCACUCUGUAUGACUCUUAAACAUUGUAAAAACAUGAAAAAAAGGGAAAAAAAGAUGAGAAAAUAGAAAAAAAAUGUAUAACUGUUUUUAUGAUAAUAUAUUUUGAUACUGAAAAUUUGAA